GUCGAUGACCUAACUCGAGGCCACCAUCUUGCUCAGCCUCUCCCAGACGAGAAGAUGCGGGCUGCACUGCAAGCCCUCCGCCUUGAGCAUGAGGUCUUCGAUCCUAAGACAAUCGUUUGGGCCCAGUUUGCGGAGCGGCUGCUGGCCAGG